UUCAGUGUGCCUCUACCUCUAUAAUUAGUUAAUUCUUUAUAAUAAUAAACAUAAUGGAAGCAAGCUCAAAGUUUAAAGGGGAUGUGGACAAGACACAAAUACCGCCGCUAAAUCAAAAGCGUAUAUUAGCUUUUGUUAAUCAUUUUCUAAUAAGUACAUGCACUUUUCUCAACGAGUUCGCGUUAAAUUGCGAGACCAAAUUUGUGCAAUUGGAGCGUCAACUACAGCGCACCGAAGCUGCCUUAAUUAUAUUAGAAGCAAAGCUGGCCUCCAUUCCCUUGGAUAAAGAUGAGGGCACUGCCAUAAGCGCUACGACAGCUGUUGUAGAUGCACCCUUAGAAGAUGCCGUCGAGACGCCACCAGAGGAAGUUGAAGAGGAGCCCAUAAAAGGCGUGCGAGCAUGCGAAGAUGUUCGUUACAAGAAGUUCUUCAAAAUGCUGCAUGUGGGCGUGCCAGCGCCUGCCGUAAAACAAAAAAUGCUCUCAGAGGGUCUGCAACCACAAAUGCUAGAUAACCCCGAUGAAAUUCUCAUUGAUGGCAUCGCCGAGUAGGAAAAAAGAAGCUUGGAAAAGUUCAAAUAUCUUGUGAUUUUGUGAUAUAGCAUUUGUAAAUGCUACACUUUAAAAUUAAACACACAUUUGCUUAAAUUUACGUCUACAAAUUUGUUUUAUUUCCCACUUGUUGCACACCUCAUUUGGCAUGUAACAAAAGCAGUCCAUGUAAACAACUUAAAAACACUUCUGUAUAGAAAAGAGCGGGUCAUCUUUGUGAUCAACGGGCAGCUUAGAACUGAAUCAUCUGUCCCUUGCGCUUCUUGUCACCACCCAACUCGAAGUGCUUGCAACGCUUCAGAGGAGUCUGCUUGCGGAACUUGCAUUCGGUGCACUCCAUACGCAGCACAAUCUUUUUGGUAG